AUGAUCUUGCUUAUAUUCGUACUAGGAGGCAUUACUAUUUUUGUUAUCAUCAUGAUCUUGAUUUCGUAUAUGUGGAAAAGAUUUAAAUCCAGUUCAACUACAACUCCUAUAACUCAAUUACCAGCUGAAUUCCACACUCCUAGAGAAAAUCCAAAUGAUGAAACAUAGAAAGUGCUAAUCGAUGAACCGAACUAAAAAUCUCAAGGCAAAACUCUCUCAAGCGCUAUUCCACAUUAGCAUGGCAAAACUGGGUUUUUACUUAAAAAGUUAGUGAAGGAAGAUUAGACUGCUCUCCCUGGACCAUUAUCAACAUUUAUUCUGGUAGAUGCAAAGAACUAGAUUCAUUCAAAAAGUCCGAGAUAAAAAACACCAAAUUUGAAUCGACAUGCAGAUGUUUAAUAUCUCGAUACUUUCUAGUUUUAGCUAAAACUCCAAUAGAAUGGCUCAGUUUCUGACUUUGAAAACUCAUCUUCACGUCCUGCUGAAUCUUCUGACAAUAAUCCAUAGAAUUCAACAUUUUAAUCGAAUAAUCUGAGAAUGGCAUUUGCAUCUAUGAUCAGAAAAUAAUAAGAAUAACCUCAUUAACAUUCUAAUCAUGAUUUGAAAAUGAAUAGUUAGAAUCAAAUUGUCGACUUUAAUACUAACAAGUUUGUAAGAAUCAUGAGACAGAAACUCUCCCAAGAGUUUGAUAAUCACUUGCAAGUAAAGCCUAAAUAGAAUUCUACAGCAAAUAUUAGCACAUAUUACAAAAGUAAAAAUGGAAGCAUAGCAAGCCAAUAAAUUGGGCAGAACAGAAAGAAUUUAUACCAUAAAAGUAUUGAUAAUACUGCUGCAAAAUCUCAUUCUAUACAUAGUAGCAUAGUUAAUGAUGAUGAAUUAGGUUUUAGAGGUUAGUAUGUUGACUUUUACAUAGCUCCCCUAGAUCAUAACAGAUUUAUGAUGCCUACAAACUCAAAUAAAAGGGGGUAUAAUUCAAAGCAUUUGCAAUUAAAGAAAAAUGUAAGAAGAUGA